GUAGUGCAAAUUCUGGACAUGCAGCAAUAAUGGACGCCUUCAUAAGGGAGCUGAGUCUUAGUCCCAGUACAAGCAUUGAUCAAGUGGCCCCCCACUGCGCAAAGCUGCUAAGCUGGCUCCAGGAAUGUCAUCAACAAAUGGAAACACACAAAGACGUCCUAAAACUCAGCUACAGGGACAUCGAGAGCAUGUUAAAGGCCGCACUGUAUGUGUUUGAGUGUCAUAAGCUAUUAGGCGAUAAGCUGGUAGGGGCAGUGGAGGAACUCAUUCAACAAAUUCAUGCGGACUCGCAUAAAAUUGUGCUGCGAUUUUGUGACACAUUCUUAUCAAGUCGUGAGCAAGUCAUCCAACAGCUAUGCUACAGAAUUUUGGGGACAGUUGAUGGGCAUACGCAUGCGCCAAUGCUGCAUUACAUGCACAAGGCUUUUGCUGAUGUGCAGCCGGAGUGGAAGAUCAUAAGCACUUUGGACUGGAAACAACCUGAAAAUGAAACGGAACCAUUGACAUUGGCAUUGCAAAGACAGUACACGCUAAUGCAUCGUUUUGUAAAUCGAAUCUUUAGCCUGCCGACGCUGGUAGAGAUUGAGGUGGCGUUGCAUCGCGCUAUGGCAUGUAUGGGCUUUGGGACAUGGCUGCAAAUGUUUCGCGAGUCCACGAAGAGCGUCUUGUAUAACCGUUGCUGCGUACUGCGCCAUAUGAUCUGUGAUAUACUUGAUAAGGGAACAGAACCGCUCUGUUCCACUUUCGUGCACAACAUUUACCUUUACGUUGCGGAUGGUACUGAGAUGGAGUUGCAGAAAUUCUGGAACGGAUUAUACAGUGAUCGCUUUGCCAGCAGUCUUACUCGGUUUUUCUAUAAUUACUGGUCUCGUCAUUUGGAGCAUGUCGAUUUAAACGAAUUGAAAUUGACAAAUGGAAAGACGAAACCUGUACUGCCCCUGGAUCAGGUUCUUUACGUUACACAUUUGAUGCUGGAUUCAAGCUCUCCAUGUCGCAAUCAAUUUUAUGGUGAGCUUCGCACGCUUAAACAGUCUAUUGAUUUACACUAUUUACUCAAUAAAGUUGCAUUCGUUUAUACCUAAUUUUAACUAUU